AAAAAAGUUGCAUUAAAAUGUUUAAAUAAAUCACAAAAUAAGACUGAAGAAUUUCUAAAUGAGAUUAAAGCAUAUUCAAUGAAUAAGUAUGGUAGUAAUAUUAUCAGAAUAUAUGGAAUAUCUCAAGACCCAAAAACAAAAAAUUACGUAAUAGUUCUUCAAUAUGCAAAAGGUGGAAAUUUUAAUGGUUGGAUAAAUAAAUGUUAUAAAGACUUUGAUUGGAAUAAUAAAUUACGAACAUUACAUAAUAUUAUUUUUGGUCUAAGUGAAAUUCAUCAAAAACAGAUGGUUCAUUGUGAUUUUCACACGGGAAAUAUAUUAUUUGAAUAUGGAUAUGUUAAUCAAUAUAAUAAUACAUAUAUUUCAGAUAUGGGAUUAUGUGGAGAAAUUGGGAAUGUAGACAAAUCCAAAAUUUAUGGAGUUAUGUCUUAUGUGGCUCCAGAAGUGUUAAGAGGAAAACCUUACACCAAAGCAGCAGAUAUAUAUAGCUUUGGUAUGAUUAUGUAUUUUGUAGCAACUGGAAGACAACCUUUUUCUGAUCGUGCUCAUGAUAAGUUAUUAGCAUUAGAUAUAUGUAAUGGAAUUAGACCUAAAUUAAAUGAAUUAGAAGCACCAAAAUGUUAUGUUGGAUUAAUGAAAAGGUGUUGGGAUUCGGCUCCAGACAAUAGACCAGAUGCUAUUGAAGUAGUAAAUAUUAUUUAUUCGUAUUAUAUUAGUUCAAAUGCUGAAAUUAGUAAGCAAUUUAAAGAAGCAGAAGAAUACAGAAAAAUAAAUAUUUCGUCUAUUGAAAUUAAUCAAUCAACAACACAUCCACAAGCUAGUAAUAUAUCUCGAUUAUUAAAUCCUUUUAUGAAAGACCUUCCAAAAUGCGAUAAUGAUUCCGAAUGUUUAGACUGUUCAAUUGCUGAUUAAACCGAUUACAGCAUAUAUUAUGUUAUUAGAAUAGUAUUAAGUUUCAGAUUACAUUUAUUUAAAUUUGUUUCACAUUAUUGCCCCAAUUUACAGUCCUUCUUAUAUUGUUUUAUUAUUGUUUCGUUGAAUAGUACUAUAAGUGAUGUAUAAAAUUAUAGACUAAUGAAAUCAAAAAAUAUUUUUAUAGGAAAAGUAUAGUUUAUAAUUUAAAUUGUAUCUUAUUAUUUUUAGAGAAUAUAUAACAU